AUGCCUUCCGAGAAAGAACAUAUUAACGCUGUUGUUAUUGGACAUGUCGAUAGUGGAAAAUCCACUACCACUGGACAUCUAAUUUACAAAUGCGGUGGCAUUGACAAACGUACUAUUGAUAAAUUCGAGAAAGAGGCUGCUGAGAUGGGUAAGGGUUUUUUUAAAUAUGCUUGGGUGUUGGAUAAACUGAAAGCUGAACGUGAGAGUGGUAUCACUAUCGAUAUUGCCUUGUGGAGGUUUGAAACCAAUAAGUACAAUGUCACAGUUAUUGAUGCACAUGGUCAUCGGGAUUUCAUCAAGAAUAUGAUCACAGGAACAAGUCAAGCUGAUUUUGCUGUACUGAUUGUUGCUGAUGGUGUUGAUGCAAUAGAUAAAGUGGAACCUCCAUCUAGACCAACAAACAAACCUCUCCGAAUUCCGUUGCAAGAUGUCUACAAGAUAGGUGGUAUUGGUACUGUUCCUGUUGGUCGCGUCGAGAUUGGUAUCGUCAAGCCUGGUAUGGUCGUGACAUUUGCUCCGCAAGGGUUAACGACAGAAGUCAAAUGUAUGCGAAAUGACCAGCUUCGACCUGAUUUACGUGCAUCUUUUACACGAUUAUUAUUAAAUCUUCAUGUUGAUCGUGAUCCACAAGAAUUACAUCAACCUAUUCAAUAUGCUCGUUUAUGGAGUACAUUAGGCAUAAAAUCGGAUAUUCCCAGUUAUGAAAAGCUAAACAAUGCCACAAUGAAACAAACCACUUUCGUAAUGGAUUUUAUGAAGAUUAAGAAUUUUAUUAAUGAUUAUUUGAAUGAUAUAUUAUCUAGUGGUGGUGAUUUAUCUCAACCGGGUUACAACAAUCAAUUAUUCAAUGAAGUUAUUAAUCUUUCUAAGCAUUUGGUAUUUUUUGGUCUUUACACUAUGAAUGAAUUAUUGAUUCUUGGUCAAAAGCUGAUAUUCAUACUUGAUCAAUGGGGUAAUACAGAUGAUUUAACUGAUCAUUUACAUAAAAAACUGAUGAACAAUUCUUCAUCACCAAUCAGUAGUUCAAAUGAAGAUAAAUUAUUCGAUUUGAAAUUAAAAACUUUGGAUAUCAUUGAAUAUAUUUUAGAUGUUCGUGUAGAUUAUCAAAUUUUCUGUCUAUUAACUACUCUUCAAAGAGUUCUACAAACGGAAACUGAUUCAACUGACUUGGAAUUUGAAGAUACGGAAAAAGAAAAAACAUUAGAAUUGUCAAAGGAAAUUAAAAAUCAACUUACAAAUUUAUUUCCUUCAAACUUCUCAUCGAAUACUCUUGAAUUUAAUGACAAUCAUUUACAAAAUAAUAAUUCAAUCAGGCGCAACAAAUUAACUAUUUUCAAUUUGGAUGGUUAUAAUGAUCAAUUAUUAAUUAGUGUAUUAGCACGUCUAUGUAUUUCCAAUAGUGUGGAAUUAAAAUCCAAAUCAUUACAACUUCUGUUUCGACAUUUUGGUCAACAAGAAGAAUUAAUCAGUAGAUUGAAACAGGUUCAACUUUUAGUAUCCAAUAAAGGAAUAUGCAUAUAUCGUCAACUAAAGCAUCAAUUAGAUACAUUGCGUGGUUUAAUUGAAAAAUCUGAAUUAUGGAUGCAUGACAAGAACUGUAUGAUCAAGUCAAACAAUAAUAAUAAUACUGUUCAAAUUCACAAUGAAUGUAAUUGUAUGAAAAAUUAUGCAUUGGUUAAAGAUAUACUUAAUCAUAUUAUAUCAUUGUGUCAAUUAGAACAAAAUGAUUUAUCACCAUCGAACAUUGAACAAGUUGAAAAUGAUGUUAUAAAUACUAUUAGUACUGAAAUCAAUAUACAAAUCAACAGUAAACUACUUAAAACGAUGAAUAAAUUAUCAUCCAUAUCAUCGUCAUCAUCAUCAUUUACUUUUGAACAAAUACAACAACUUUUACGUCAUUUAAGUGUGCAUACCAUUUUGAAAGAAUUAUUGAAUAUACAAUUUAAAUGUACCAAUAUGAUAUUCAAUGAAAUUAUUCAUUUGACCAAAUAUAUUUUAUGCUUAUUUUGUUAUAACAAUGAAAUCAAUCAAAAAUUAUUAUAUCCAUAUUUAAAUAAAUUUAUUACAAUUGAAGUUGAUGAUGCUGAAGUAUGUUUAUGGAUUUUUAAAAAUAACACAGAACUAUGCAUGAUGAUUGAUCGUUCAAUGAUUAGAAAAUUUUGUUUUCUACUUCAAACCACAUGUCCUUGCGAUCAUUGGCUUGAUGUAUUGAUUACCAUUGUGAAACCAAAUAAUGAAAUAUUAAAACCAAUACAAGAAAUGAUUUCAAAUGAGCUUUGUUCCAUGUUUGAUGAUCGAUUAUUUCUAAUGAAUAGUUUUGCACGUAUACACAAUCUCCUUGAAUCAUUGUUAUCUACUACUACUACUACUACUGACAACAACAACAACAACAAUACUACUGCUACUAUUACAUUUAAACAAGACUUAAUAUUCAAUGUUAAAUUUUUGCAUUUACUCAAUAUACUGCUAAUACUACCGGUACCGGUACAACAACAAACAGGAGAGAAUGAAAUGUUAUUGAGAAAAAAAUUGUCAAAAUGGUUUAAAUUUAGGGAUUUCAUGAAAAUUAUUUUACAUCCAAUGAUGCAAAGUAAUGAAUUGUGCGAUUUACGACAUGUUUACAUGGAAAUGUUAACGAAUUUAUGCUGCUGUUCCAGUGUAUAUUGGAAAAAAUAUGUAAUGUCGUUAGAAGACUAUGAUGAAUCAUUUGGAUUGUUAUGGAAAAAGUUGGCUGAUGAAUUGGAUGAAAUUUAUCUCAAUAAAAAAUCGAAUAAUGAGUAUAAAAUAUUUCUUAGAGAUUCUAUUAUUCCAUGUGUUAUGAAAAUAUUUUCUAACAUUCAAUUAUUGGAAUAUCAACAAUCACAGUUUCAUCGAGACGCAAGUCGAUAUUUAAUGCAUAAACUAAUACAAUUGAAAAAUGAUCCAUUAUUAGGUACCGUUUCAUUUGAAUGUUCACAAAUGAUCAUGCGCACUACAAUCUCAUCAACAAGUGUUCCAGUUUCACCAGAAUUCUCUUUUCAGCCGCAUAUUUUUAUGACCAAUACUUCUGAUACAGAUUUAUGUAAAAUACGCGAAGAUGAAAAUUCGCUUCAUAACGACAAUACAUCAAGUGAUCUGCGAGAUAGUGGAUUACCAGAUGAAAAUUCACUAGAUUCAAAUCUAUGUGAAAUAGUCAAUGAUCAAAAUAUUCAAAAAUGUCUGAUGAAUAAAUGUUUAAAUGAAGUGCAAGUAGAAAGUCACUUGAAUCAUGAUGUGGAUCGAUCAAUAUCGCAAGCAUUUGCAAGGAAUAUAGAGAAACAAUUCAAUAAUAUGAUUAAAGAAAUUGAAUUCCAGCUGAAUUCAUCCAUUUCUGAUGAGUAUAAUUCACUGAUUGAAUUUCUACAAUAUCCAAUGAAUUUUAUUGAACCAAAUGAAAUUGUGUCAUUAAACAGAGUUGAUAAUUUCUCAUAUAAUGCGUUCAUAGCUUCAUUAGUACAACAUGCAAAUGAUUUGAUUGCAUUGGGUUUUGAAAGUCAAUUUGUCAAACUUUUGCAAGUUUUUACUUCUCUAUCUAAAGCACCUAUAAUGAAGUCUAUCCCAAUGGAAAUGAAAUGGAAUUUUGAUGAAUUGUCUAAUAUCAAUCAUCAUCAUCAUCAUCAUACAAUGAGUAUACAUUAUUUUCUAUGUUCCAAUGGAAUAUGUGAUUUGAUUAUACGUUGUAUGGAAAAUUUGAAUACAUCCGAAUUGAUAUUUAUUAUGGCAAAUGAAUUAGCUAUAAAUUUAUUAAAGCAUAGUAAUAAAUAUGUACAGGAAUGCUUUUACACGAUUCUAUCGAAACCGAAACAACAUGAGGAAUUUUUCAGUUCAAUGUUUCAACGUUUUCAUAAUGUUUACAGUCAAGUGGAUAAUAAUAUGACAAAAAAUAAUUUUUUGUUGAAAGAAGACUGUACAAAGCCUACUAAUAAUUAUUCAGAUUGCUUGAAUCCAUCACUUAUGACUGGCAAGAAUGUACCAGUACUGAUGAGUUUACAAUUUUUACAGACUUUAUGUCACAAAAGUAAUCUUAGACUACAGGAAUUAUUACGUGUUCAACCGCAUAAUGUAACAAAUUUUAAUUUAAUUGAAGAAAUCAAGUCAUUAUUUAUUAAUUUGUGGAAAAUCAAUGAAAACCUAAUCAAUACUGCAAUGUUUAACAACUCCAACGAUAACACUAGUAGUCGUAUUAGCGGCGGUAAUGAUAAUAAUCGAAGUAUCGACAAUCUGCAUAACUCUGAUGCGAAUCAUGAAACAAACGAAUCAAUGAAACAGAAAUAUCUUAACACUGUGACAGCUGAAAAUAGUAGGGUGAAAAUCUUACAGAAUAACAAGAAUCUGAUUGAGUCAAAAACCAUGAUAGAUCAGAGACAAUUGAACAAAUCAUCAACAUCAUCAGCGUUCGAAAUGACUCACAGCCAACAACCGCACAAAAUCAUGACGAACAAUAAUAAUAAUAAUAAUAAUAAUAAUAAUUCAAUACAGUUUAUUCAACCACAAAUUAUCUUACUCAUUUUAACAUGUCUCAUUGAAUUUUGUCAAGGUCCAUGUGUCAAUAAUCAAAAUGAAAUUUUAUUUGGUAGUCCGAAUAUUUUACACAUAUUAAUGAAUUUAAUUUUGAAUUCAUCAAUAUGGAUAAGAAAUAAUAAGAAAUUUCGUGAUUUCACGAGUACACUAGCUGAAAUCAAUUAUCUAUCUAUUAAACUACUGCUAGCUGUGUUAGAAGGCCGUCAUGAAGACAAAGUUUUUCAACAACUAAUAGAUCUUUGUCCAUUAGAUAAGUUGAUAAGUACAAUUAGAAAUUAUCAUAUUUUAUCAGAAGAUACAAAUUUGGCAACGAAUCAACCACAUGAAUUAUUUCAUAAAUGUGGACAUUCAUUAUUCAUUUUAACACAAUAUUUGUAUAAAUGUUUGCCAGUCAUUCUUAAACAUAUGAGAAUUAGUGAAAGCAAUAAUCACAAUAAUCAUUACAAUGAAUUGUCAAAAAUCAAAUGUUACAAUACUAAAGAAAGCAGAAAUGAUUGGUAUGCAAUGAAAUGUACAAAUACUACUGAUAUACCAUUGAAUGAUGUGAAAAAAUUCAAUUUGAUGAAUGGUACAGUUAUCAAACGUUUAAUCAAAAGUAAAACGGAUCAUAUUUUAAGCCUUCAGCAUUAUUCAAUUAAUACAGCACAGAUAGAGAUUGUACGAGCCGAUAAUAAAAUUGAACGAAUCAUUUUCCCAAUUCCUAAAAUUUGUCAUUAUUUAACUUUUACUAAAAAAUGUCAACUAUUAAAAAUCAGUAAUAUGGAUGAUGAUUAUUCGAAAAUACCAUCAUUAUGCAACAGGAUUCAAGAGAUUUAUGCUGAAAUGUUAUGUGCUGAACAUAUGCUUAUUCAUCCAUGGAUGCAUUGGUUUUCAUUACAAUCUCAAUGGUUAUUGGAUGCAAGUUUUUAUAGAACAUUAUGUUUAAAUUGUUUAUUGAUUAGUUUCUAUCCACUACAAGGAGAAUGUUUAUCUUACUACGGCAUUUGUAAUUUGGAAAAUCAGUUAACCAUUAUAUCAAUUGCUUUAUUCACUGUUCUCUUAUGCCUUAUUAGUAGUUGUUAUUCCAAACAAUUAUCUGUUCAUUUCUAUAUUGGAUUAGAAAUUUUCUAUUUAUUACUGACAUGCAAUACACAAAAUGUCAUUUUGAUAUUAGGAAUAAUUAAUUUUAUUUUCAGAUUUACAAAUUUACUCAUUAUUUUCAAACAAUAUUUCCUUAUUAAUAAUGAUUAUAAAAAUUGUCUAUUCUCAAAUGAAUUCCAAUGGAAAUGUACAGACCUAUUGCGUAACAAUAAUAAUCAUAAUAAUCAUAACAAUAGUAAUGAUAACAAUUCGGAAAAGACAAAAUCACUCAACACCAAGCAGAAAAUAUCAUCUUUACUCUUAUCAUGGUGGUAUACUAGUUACUUGAUUGUUGUACAUGAACUAUUGCAUUGUUUCAAAGUGUUUUUCUGUGCAUUGAUUACAAAAUCUGGAAAUCUCAAUCAAUUGAAUUGUAAAUUAAUUUACAAUAUCAUUUUAAUUCUAUUUAAUGCUGCUGGAAUUAUGUUACAUCCAUUCUUUUAUAGUUUAGUGCUACUUGAUGUGGUCACCCGUGAAGAGACAUUGUUGAAUGUUGUCCGUUCAGUGACAAAAAAUGGUCGAUCAAUUUUCUUAACUGGGAUUUUAGCCUUGAUCAUUAUCUAUUUAUAUUCGAUCAUUGGAUAUGCUUAUUUUCAAAAUGAUUUCACCAUUGAAAUUGAUUUAACAGAUGAUCAUGGAAGUGGUGAUAGUAGUACAGAACGUCGAUGUGAUUCACUACGUAUGUGUAUAUUGACAACACUUCGAGAAGGAUUAUUGAAUGGUGGAGGAAUUGGUGAUGUACUCAGACGUCCAAGCAAUAAAGAUAAUUCAUUUUUAUUUCGAACAAUUUAUGAUAUGUCAUUUUUUGUCAUUGUUAUUAUAAUUAUAUUAAAUUUAAUAUUUGGUGUCAUAGUGGAUACAUUUGCAGCAUUACGUCAAGAAAAACAAAAUUCCGAGGAGUUAAAUAAAAACCAUUGUUGUGUAUGUGGUCUACAUCGUUCAGCAUUUGAUCAGUCCAAUAUAAAUUUUGAUGAACAUAUUGAUAUUGAACAUAAUGUAUGGCAUUAUUUAUAUUUUAUUAUUUAUUUGCGAACAAAAUCAGUGGACAGUUUAACUGGUUUAGAAAUUUAUAUUGAUAAACUGAUCAAAAAAAAUGAAUUCAAAUGGAUACCACGUAGACGAGCUAUGACAUUGCAUAAUGCAGAAAAUGAUUCUUCUGAAAAAUCAGAAGAACUUGUUAAAUUAACAAAUACACUUAAUAAAACAAUCCAAACAAUGGAUUCACUUAGCGAAGCUUUUAAAAAAUUAUCUACACAGAUCAAUGAACAUUAUAUGGAAAAAACCAAAAAGAAAUUACUCUCUUCAAUAGUGAAUUCUACUUGGAAUAAAAAUGACAAUGAAGGAAUUCAUGGUGAAGGUGGUUGUGAACAGUAGUAGUAAUGUAUCAAUGGAAUGUUUUGUUUUGUUUUAAUGUAAUAAACUAUUCAAAAAUAACAUUGAACCAAUGAUGAUUAAUGCGGGUAUUUCAAUGUUUCACGUUUUGCUGUUGUUGUUGUUGUUGGUUAUUCAAGUCAAAAUAAUAUGAACUAGAUAGGUAGAUGCUUUAAUUCACAAUGUUAUUCUUAUAU